AAAAAUUCAUCCAGUGGGCAGUGGCAACGAGCAGACGGCAGUACGGUACUAUGCUGGUCAACGUAUUUUCAACAAUAUCUACUCUUCUCUCCAGUGGUUUGAAACACAUUAACUGAUUGAUUUUACAAUAUCUUUAUAAGAUAUUGUGAAUAUAAUACAUGUUGGUCUUAAUUUCGAAAAUAUUUUAAACCUAAUAUAAACAUACGGUACACAAUGGAAAAUUUAUACCACCAGACAAAUAGGUUGAUAUUAGAAACCCAAGAAUUAUUCCACAGAUUGGAGAGUUCGAAAUCAGAACUGGUCGAAGCAGAUGUACAAUCAAGAAUAUUAACCAUUUCACAAAACUGUGAACACCUAGACAUACUUGUACAUAAAGAACCAGUUUCCAGGCGUAACAAUGCCAAAUUACGUGUAGAUCAACUCAAAUAUGAUUACCAGCACUUGCAGUCAGCGUUAAGAACGCAUCAACAAAAUCAGCUAAGGAGGUUAAGAGCUGAGCAGGAACGUGAAGAACUGUUAAAUCGCCGGUUCACUAGAAAUUCAGACAUGAAUGAUACAACAAUAUUAAUUGAUAGUUCCAUACAACAUCAAAAUUCACUACAGGGAGCAAAUCGAGGGGUUGAUGAUUUAUUGGGAUCUGGUGUCAGUAUACUACAAAGUUUGCGUGAACAACGUGAUCGACUUACUAGCACCCGAAAUCGUUUAACUGGAAUUUUUGGUUCGCUUAGACUUUCAAAUACAACUAUGAAGUACAUUGAAAAAAGAUUAAAAGAAGAUAGGUAUAUACUAUAUGGAGGGAUGGCCAUUACAAUUCUUAUUAUAAUUAUAGUAAUGAUAUAUUUCAGUUGAUCAAGUUAAGUUAAUACUUUGGUGAUUUAUACCAUAAAUUAUAAUACUGUAAUCUUUACAGUGUAUAUUAUGUUAUAUGUAAUAUAUAUUUUAAUGUUAAUUGUUACUAUUUACAAAAUUAUUUUUGUACAUGA